GUUCAACGUUGCACUAUCCCAUACUCCAAACAAUGCUACUUUCAAUUUAGCUUCAUUGCUGUUAUAUCCACAACUAUACAAACAUGGGUCACAAAGAAAAGUCACGAAAAGACAAGAGAUUGCAAGAGAUUUCCCUUUUGAGAACAAUUCCUUAUUCUGAUCACCAGAGGUGGUGGUCGAAGGAAACUAUUGCUGUGGUUACCGGUGGAAACAGAGGAAUUGGGUUUGAGAUUUCAAGACAACUUGCGGAUCAUGGAGUUACUGUUGUAUUGACAUCAAGAGAUGCUAGUGUUGGUGUUGAAUCAAUUAAGGUGUUGCAAGAAGGUGGUUUGGAUGUGGAUUGUCAUCAACUAGAUAUAUUAGAUUCUUCAUCAAUUAAUGAAUUUGCUGAGUGGUUGAAGGAAAAAUACGGUGGCCUAGAUAUUCUGGUAAAUAAUGCUGGUGUUAAUUCCAAUACGGGGUCUGAUAUCUCAGUUGAAAAUGCUCGUAAGGUUAUGGAAACAAAUUAUUAUGGAACCAAGAGAAUGAUUGAAGCUAUGAUGCCAUUGAUGAAACCAUCUGCUGCUGGUGCUCGUAUUGUAAAUGUGAGUUCACGUUUGGGUCGAUUAAACGGCAAACGAAAUAGAAUAGAAAAUGAGGAUAUGAGGGAGAAACUAAGUGAUGUGGAAUCUCUUUCAGAGGAAUUAAUUGAUGAAACAAUAUCAACAUUUCUACAACAAGUAGAAGAUGGAAGUUGGAAAUCAGGAGGAUGGCCUCAAACAUAUACUGAUUACUCUGUAUCAAAACUUGCAGUUAAUACAUAUACAAGGUAUAUGGCAAGGAAGCUUUCUGAUAAGCCAGAUGGUCAAAAGAUUUAUAUUAAUUGUUAUUGUCCUGGUUGGGUCAAAACUGCACUAACAGGUUAUGCAGGAAGUGUUACAGUUGAACAAGGUGCUGAUACUGGUGUUUGGAUUGCCCUUGUUCCUGAUCAAGCUAUUACAGGGAAGUUUUUUGCAGAAAGAAAAGAGAUUAACUUUUAAUUUUUAAUUAAGCACACUAUGUAUGGUUUUGUAUAAUUAAACUAAUUGCAGAGGAAAACAAACUUAUAUAACUUUAGUUCCUUCUGGUUUAUAUAUAUGGUUCAGAUAUAUUAUGACAAAUGGUCAUAUCAUGUUAUAUAACUCAAUAUUCUUUUUGUUGUGAGUUAAUUAUUGGAGCUU